AUUCAGAAAAUGAAAAAGAUGAUAGGAAAUUAAGUGAUGAAAAGUUAACUAACAAUGAAUUGGAUAAAGAAUUAAAUAAUAAAAAACUGAAUAAUGAAUUAUCUAAUAUUGAUGAUAAAAAUAUUAAUUUGAAUAAGUUGAAUGAAUUAGAGUUUGUAGAUAUUUUUAAUAAUGAUAUUGAAGAUAUAAUCUAUAAUAAAUUAAAUUUAGAAGUUAAUAAAUUUUUUGAAAAAAAAUACUCAUGUCAUUUUACUAAGCAACUCUGUUUUGAAAAAUUGGCUAUGAUCAGUUUCUUAAAUAUCAAGCUGAAUUUGAAAGCCUAG